AUGCCGUUCCACCUGCCUAGCUCCAGUCCAGCCCCCUCGACCCCAGAACGCAGAAGCGCAGCUUCACGGUACGUCUACGAUGCAGACCACCCAUCAACCACCCCAGCCGGGCCUCCGCCACCGUCCUCGGCAGCUUCCUUCACACCCGCUGGCGAGCCCUCCCCGUCAUUCUUGAAGAGCUCCAUUGGCGUCAUGGCCGGCUCUGUAAAAGCCCCCAACUUUGGGAGGCCAAAGGCCACCGCGAACCGGAGCCCGUCUGUCAAGAGUCACAAGGCACCUUUAGGCAGGUCUCUUCGGUCUGCCCGUGGAUCAACCACCAGGCAACCUUCGAGUCUCAGCAGGCAAUACUUUGGCGAUGAUGACGACGACGACGACGAGGGCUUAGAGGAGGAACAGGAAUACCAGCAAGAGUUGCCCCCGAGCCGGCCAGGGACAUUUGGAAUCAACUACGACGACGAGUCCGACGGCGACGAUACGGAGAAUGGCAACGAUACCCUACAGCUGGACCAUGACGACUACCAAGAUGCGGAGGGCGAAGACGAUUACGAAGGUCGGGACGAGGCCAUGGACGAGGAUGCCGAUGCGGAAUACGACAUCGAAGAAGACCUCUUGCGUGAGAUCGCUAGUGUCGAGCCAUACGGAGGAGCUCUCAAUGACCGCGAAGAGGACGCGAUGAUGCUGACGACCCCGGCAGCGGACGAGCGUGUGCGACGAGAAGCAGAUAACAUCAUGCGGGCCUCAUCAAUGCGCCACACACGAAGGCGCGAGUGCCGCUAUGUCCCUCUGGCUAAGGACCUGACAAGCCAUACAGACUUUGCACAGGUGUCUGAACCUGCAAAUGUGAUCCUGCAAACCGAAGACAUCAUCAACCGCCUCUACGACGAGGGUGUUGGUCCCACAGACGAUGUAGAGCUCCUCGAGGAGGCACUUUCCAAGGCCUCCGUCAGGCUACUCGACCGUGUGUGGGCUCCUCAUGCUAAUUCCAUGCUGACCCCAUAUCGCGAGCAGGCCGCCAAGGUUGGGCCCAGCGCCGAGGAACCCGAUUUCAAGAAGGCAGAGUAUCUUGCGAGACUCAUGCUCACUUUAUAUCACAACCCGCCCAGCCAGACAGAGUUCGGUGGCCCCAGAUACCAAGCUCUGCCUGGAAUACUGUUCGAGUGGCAGGACCAGAAUCAGAACCUCGACAAGGACCAGAUCCAGACCGUCAAGAACUAUCGCCCAGCUCCUGCAGCGCAUGCGCUCUUCUGGCCAUGUGUUUUCAGCUCCUUGAUUCGUGGCAACAUUUCCGACACGAUCCAGCUCCUCGGAGGCGCCGCAUGGGCAUCCGCGAAGAAGGCGCCACGGGGUAAGCCUCUUUACGCGAGCCACGCGGCCGAAAAUAUCGUGCGUGCGGUAGAGGAUAUGUGCUUUGUUAUUGAGCAAUGCCCAGCGCACAGCGAUGGUAGCUGGGAUAUUCGCAGUAGCGACUGGACACUGUUCCGUCUUAAGGCUCAAGCAGCCAAGGAGAGCCUCAUCAGCUUUGCUGAAGGAAAGGUCCCCGCGCAGUCAAGUUUCGGGCGCGGCGGUCGCGGCCAGUAUUCCGACAUGAUGGAUAGUACGCAGUCGCUCGCAGGCAUGUCAAGGCGGGCACAGAGUCUGAUCCCGUGGGACGUGUACGAGAACCUGCAGUCUCUCUACAGUAUCAUGGUUGGCGAGCCCGAUCCGAUCCUAGCUGCUGCUAACGACUGGUGUGAUGCGACGCUCGGCCUGUUCGGGUGGUGGGAUGACGGCCACAACAAGUCUUCCCAUGGCCGCUCAUUAUCCAGGUCGAUCACAGCUGCGGGUGACUCGCACGCGGAUGAUAUAUUCUUUGACCGGCUCGCCAUGUGCUUGCAUGCGACGACAGAAUCAAACUUCCACUUCAACUCCACAGACGCGAUCGAGGUCGGCGUGGCUUGUGUGUUUGAAGGCAACGUCGAGGCUGCCAUCAGUAUCCUCAGAAUGUGGUCUCUACCAGUCGCCUCGUCUGUGGCCGAAAUUGCUUCCCUCGGCCGCUGGCUCCCACCUUCCGAGCCACAGAAUCUCAUCGGGAUGGAGAGCUUCGACCAGGAAGACAUGGAAGUCUUGGGCUUGAGCACUGCUGCAGGUAUGGACGAGAAAGAUGGCCUCAAGGACACUACUUUGAUUCACUAUGCCCGCGGUUUGAGGGAUCGGAAACAUGUCUCUGGACAAGGCCUCACCGGCAGGACAAGCCGCGAUGGAUGGGAGCUCGCUGUGCAGGUCGUUGGACGCCUCGACUCACCGGAGCGAUCGGAAGAGAUCGUCAGAGAACUGCUAGGAGGCGUGUUGGCCACGAUUGACGAGGGCUCUCACGACACUGUCGACAAAAUCUGGAGGCUGCUUAACGAGCUUGGCAUGAUUAACUUUGCCGAGGACACUGCUGAGACCUUUGGCGACAUUCUUGCCCGUGACACACAUCGCUACGGACAGACACUGUGGUAUUACUCGCUGGCACACCGGCCAGACAAGCUUCGGGACGUACUCAACACACUCAUGUCGAUUUCUCUCGUGGAGUCGACAGUCUAUCCACCAGAGAACCAACUAGACGAGAACCUGCGGUCGCUUCUCCAAGAACGAACAACCACACUCGAGCGGUUCGCAAAACAGGACCUCGAGGCGGCGGAGCUCCUGGGCAAGAUGCUUAGCGGAUACGCCACCUUGCGAAGGUUUUACGAGCGCCGAGACAGCAUCGAGAACCCGACAGGCCGCAACUCGGUCGCGAAGCGCCAACAGGCUGCCAGCGCGCUCAUCGCAGUCAUCGCUAGUGCCGACGACAACAUCCGCGGUGGCCUGUACGACGACAGCCGGGACGCCGUGGUCAGCGAGGACUUCCUGCUUGCGCUGCUAGGCGAGGCCUCCGUGUUCAUCGGGCAGUCCCCCGCCGUCAUCACGCUGGAGCAGAUUGACGUGCUACUCAAGGCGAUCGAGGACAUCCAGAGCGUCGGGUCGCGCGUCUACGACGCCGCGGACGAGUUCUUCAAGCUCGUCCUCGCGUCCGGCCAGGGCGUCAAGGGGUCCACGCCCGCGGACCUCAUGAAGAAGUCGACCACCGCGAGCGGCGGGUCGUUCAUGCUCACGGGCAGUUCGAUGAUGGCGUCGCAGUUCAAGCAGUCUGUCGUCAAGUCGGGCAUGAUCAAGGGAACCAUCAAGCGCAGCUGGGACUGGCGGACGACGGGUGCCAUCACGGUGGGCAGUGGCGGCAAUGGCAACGGUAAUGGAAACGGGAGUGGCGGUAACAAUAGCUCUUCGUCGUCACAGUCGCAGGACGCGCUCAGGAAGAUCCGGCUCGGGCUGACGAGGGACUUGGCGAACCUCUGGCUCGAGCAGGCGGACAGUGUCAUCGUGUAA